AUGAACGUGUCUGAAUCCUCAAGCUCUGGAUCUGAGCUUUCCGAUGAGGAUGUCCUAGGAGCCGUCGACAUUCCUUUCGAAUAUCAGGGCAGUCCCUAUACCUUGGCUGAAAAAAAGGCCUUUCAGAUCAUGGAGGUAGAAAGCCAGAAAAUCGAUGAAUUGAUGGCCAAAUUUACCAAGGGCUUCGACCCCGGUGCUUUUGGAGGCGUUAUUAUGGCGUACAUACCCAAGCUGACUGAGGGACUUUUCCCUGGCUCUUAUGCACAUCUCCUGAUUCUUCUUUUCGAGACCUUUGACGUGAUUCAGCACAUCCAGCUGGGCCUUGAAGCCUUAAUGGGAAGCCAGCACCAGGUCUCUCCCACCCACCAGCCAAGUGCGACCAACAUCACUGAUGAAGCUUUCUUUGCCAAGGAGAUUGGCAUGCUGAGAAAACUAUUGGCGCCGAUUCGUGAAGGAACCAGGAAUUCAAUCUUCUGGGUGGGUACCAGACGUGUGCAUACCCCUAGGAUCAGCGAGCAGCUCGAAGCGGCCAUCAGAGUGAUAGAAACAUUCAAGGAUGACCUCUGUGCGGCGCUAAAACCAGACCAUGAGUGCAAAACCAUUUACAGUACCCUCCCGGUGUCAGUCGAACGUACUGCAAUGUACAGUAUGAAGCAGCUUCGUCUAGACACCUGCAGAGCCACCCUGCAAUGGGACAACUUCAACGGCUCUGAGCUCGAGCUUACCUCAUUCUUUUGCUUCUACAAAGAACAUAUCAUGAAGACUGAACCCGCCAAGGCGAGAGCAUCCGGGUGGCUGCCUCCUAAAUCCCCUGGUACCCCUCGUCUGUCGGCUGAAGAAGCAAGCGAAGGCGAUUUAGCAAGCUGGGCCUCUCACGGGGUUGAGAACGAACUCAUUGAUCUCAUGCUUAAAAUUGCUUUGUGGCUCAGCCUGGCAAGAGGUCUGCCAGCUGUUCAUUUGUUCUGUGACGUCGUUAGACUCUUUGUCAUGGAACAGCCGUCCAAGCCCACCACCAACGAGUAUCGUCGGUUCUUAUGGCAUUCCAUCCGCCUUCGGGCUGCCACCGGGGCCGCACUGUUGUCGCCGUCUCCUGUUGUGCCUGACAAUAAGAACUUUCCCACUCGCAAUGUCGAUUACUUCCAGGACAUCUGGAGAACGGGCCACCAACUUUCACAGGGGCUAUUCGACAACACCUCUUUGCUUGCUAAACAUAACGUCCCCAACUUCAAGCUUGCGAAGCCCCCUGCUGGUCGCCGUUCCGGCCAUGGAGAUAUGCAAGUAGCCACCCAGGCCGCUGUUCCCGAAAACUUGCCUGCUCAUGAAAACUUGCCCGAUAUCCCGUCCACUCCAGAGGAAGAACAUGUUGAAGAAGAAUCCCCCGACGACUGUGGCUUCGCGCUCUCACCCCCUGAACAGUCUCCGGUGUUUCGAACCAGAACUGUUUGA